AUGGAGACAGAUUACCGACAAGUAGAUGGGGGUCGCAUACUGAAAUCCGGUUCUACACUACUCUAUACUGUAGCAAAUGCUCGUAAGCGAGGAGCGAGCGAGGAGCGAGAGCGAGAGCGAGAGCGAGAGCCGAGAGCGAGAGCGAGCCAGGAGCGAGACCGAAGCGAAACGAGGAGCAGACGAGAAGCGAGGAGCGAGACCGAGAGGGAAGACGAGGAGCGAGAGCGAGGCGAGAGCAAGAGCGAGACCGAGGAGCGAGAGCGAGAGCGAGAGCGAGGAGCGAGAGCGAGGAGGAGACCGAGCGGACCGAGAAGCGAAACCGAGGAGCGGACGAGAGCGAGAGCUAGGAGGCGAGACCGAGAGGGAAGCCGAGGAGCGCUAGCGAGGAGCGAGAGCGAAGAGCGAGAGCGAGGAGCGAGAGCGAGGAGCGAGAACCGAGGAGCGAGACCCGAGGAGCGAGACCGAGGAGCGAGACCGAGGAGCGAGAGCGAGAGCGAGACCGGGGAGCGAGACCGAGAGCGAGAGCGAGGAGCGAGACCGAGGAGCGAGACCGGAGCGAGAGCGCGCAGCGAGAGCGAGGAGCGAGACCGAGGAGCGAGACCGAGGAGCGAGACCGAGAGGGGAGACCUGAGGAGCGAGACCGAUCGAGCGAGACGAGGAGAGAGACCGAGGAGCGGGACCGAGGAGCGAGACCGAGGAGCGAGAGACCGAGGCGCGAGGACCGGGGAGGAGAGCCGGGAAAGAGACCGAGGAGCGAGACCGAGGAGCGAGAGACCAGGAGCGAGACCGAGGAGCGAGAGCGAGGAGGGAGACCGAUGA